UUUCAAGAGGAAUGUGUGGACUUUUUAAGCCUCAAUUAAUAAUUAAAUAAAUAAAUAUUUUAGGUUGCAUUAAUAAGUGGAUCUCUUACAUGUAGUAACGUUUUGGUUUAAAAUUACUUAUAUUUAUAAUGUUAAGUAGUUGGCUAUAUUAUUGUCAGUAGAAAUAUUUUAAAUACUAAAUUAAAUUAAAUUAAUUCGCUAUAUUAUUGUCAGUAGAAAUAUUUUAAAUACUAAAUUAAAUUAAAUUAAAUUAUUGUAUUAAAUUAUAUAUAAAGUAUUUUUGUUAUUAUUUUAAUAAUACAGACGGAAUCUUUAUCAUCCAUAUUUUUCAUGAUUACUUUUAAAAGUUUUUGGACUCAAUGUCCGAUAACAUCAAAGAAUUUACGUAGCACAUUUUCUUGAUUUACAAUGAUUAGUUUUAAAAUAUUCUGGGCUCCAUCUACGAUAAAACCAAGAAUUUUCGUAGCAUAUCUUUCCUGAUUUCCAAUAAUGAAAGAAUUUUCGUAGGAUAUGGUGGAUGUGUUCGGAGCUUUUCAAAGUUUUUUAGAGUUUUCAAUUUUUAAUUUUAUUUUAAACAAACCGUUUUUAAUCUAAAAAAAAGUUAUUUCAAAUACUUUUGAGAGUUUUUAUUAAGUUUAUACUUUUUAAAACUAACUAAUUUUUUGGGAUAUUUAUGCACAAAUAAAUUUUUUAUUGAUGAGUUGUUAGUAAAUAAUGACAUUUAUGUCGCUUUUUUGAGUAUUUUCCUCAAAUUUAUCUGCUAGAAUCUUGGUUUUUCAUACGGAUCAACCCUUCUUCAAGUUCCACAAUAUUUUGUGGUCUCUCUGUCGCCACGCUAUGGUUUAAUUUGAUAACUUUCUUCUAUACGAAAUUAUCCCAUAAUUUUUUUAUUAAAAUUGACGAAAAUCUAAUAUAGAAACUCGAAAACAAUAGAAAUUAUUAAAUAUGUUUUCGUAAGUGGGCUUGUCAAAGGCCCAUUUAAGCAUAGGCUGAUAAUAUCUGAUCCGAAAGAUACAAUCCUUCUUCAAGCUUCCCGGUUCCCGCUCUUCACUCUAUGAUCUCAUAAUCUGUAUCAUCUUCUACCUUUUGCCCUUUGUUGCCAUUUUAGGGUUUUAAUAGUUGAUUAAGAAAUUUCAUGAUUGUCUAACAGGAAUAAUAUAAGAAUGAGGACUAAUCAAGUUGCUCCGACAGAUAACUGAUUGAUCAACAGUAAAUAUGGCUAAAGCUUGGAUCAAUACAGAUGAAACUGCAAAACAAUUACUGGCUAGGGUUCUUAAAGAAAGACCAUUGUUACUUCUCCCUCAACCCCUUCAUAGGGUACCCCUUAGCGUCAACAACAUCAUUGAGAUCAUAGGCCCAUCUCCUUCAGCCAAAACCGAAAUCCUGCUACAAGCUACUGUUACAUGUAUUCUUCCCAAGAACUGGAAUGGAAUCCAAUACGGAGGCUUAGAAUAUUCCGUAUUGUUCCUGGACUUAGAUUGUCGGCUUGACAUAUUCCGCCUUUCUCAAUCCCUAAAGCUAAGAAUAUCCGAAACCAAUCGCAAUUCAAAUCAUCAAUUUCAGCAUGAUGAUGACAUGGAGUUACUAUUUAAAGAAUGCAUGAAACGAAUCUCAUACAGCAGAUGUUACGAUAGUUUUCAAUUCCUUUCCGCUCUAAAGGGAUUGCAUUCCAAACUUGAUAAAGAAAGAAAGGAAGAUCGGAAUGGUGUUGAUGUACUAAUGAUCGAUGGAAUUGGAGCAUUUUACUGGAUCGAUCGUGGGUUUUCAUCUUUGCCACAGGGGAAUCCCAACAGGAAAAACUUUUGUUUUCAAACUGUGUUUGAAACUGUUGUUCAGGAACUACGGAAGCUCUUGAUGAUGCAUCCUGUUCUUGUUUUAGCUACAAAGACAGUUACAAGUCAAGUCAAAGGUUGGUCAAAGAAUGAAUAUCGUGAGUAUAUGCCAUUGAUUUGGCAAUCGUUUGUUACACAUAGAAUUCUUGUGAGACCUUCGGAUGAUAAAAGAAAGAUUCAUGAUCGUGUUUGCUAUUUGGCAGAGUGGUUAUUGCCAGCCCAAAAUCUUUCAGAUGAGUUUUUUGUUGGUGAUGCUGGAAUUCUCACUUUGUUGUAGAGCAUGAUCUUUUUUUUUUUUUUUUUUUUUUUUUUUUUUUUUUGUCAUUAUGGUAAAUUUCUAACAGGUUUUUGGAUAACCGGUUUAGGAGUAUGGUUUUUGUUUAAAUAUAUAUUUUUUUCAUUAAUUUAAUUAUCAUCGUAUAAUGAGUGAGAUGACAAACGGGCAACAAGCUACGCCGUUAAGCCUUUUUAUAUGGUAAAACUAAUUCUUUUGAAGACUGCAUCCAUAGAUCUAGGGGAUAUAACAUUGAUAUGUAUGAUCCGUUGUAUUUUAUUAAGAAACUUAAUCACAUCCGAUACGACGUGAGGAAACCAAACAUAUCAAAUGACAAAUGCAAAUGGUAUGAACAUGUGUUGAUUUUUCAUACACGAUUUUUCAUGUUUGGUGACUUUGCAUGUGAUAGCUUUUAAAGCAACUUGUCCUGCCGUGAAAUCAUCAAUCCCGAAGCCCACGAGAGGGGUUCCCCUGUAAGGUCUACAUAUGCGUGUUUCCUUCAAACUCAUCCAAAAAUCCAAAUGUCAACCGGUCUAAGGGUUGACCUUCCUUUUACCGGGUCAGUCAAGAAAUUCACAGAUGCCUCUUCUUUGGUG